CACGGCCCCAUCCUCGGCACGGCAUCAGCCUCAUGAGGUCAACGCUAAAGCAUCGCUGCAAAACAGGGUCUCCGUCCAACCCCGAGGACGAUUAGGCCUGCAGGGUUGGGCCAGUUAGGGGCAGGGAUAAAUUAGGGGAUCUGGGUGUAGCCUUUGCUCUUUCCUCCUUUCCCUGGAGAGCUGCACAGCUGCCUGUCCCACUCGCCUUGGCCUCCUGGACCAGCCUCCUGGAGCUGUCGGAUAAGCAGGGCCGGCAGCGAUGCCAGCCCUGGGAUGUGUGCAGAGCUUGACAGUAGAGCUGGAGGACGGGCGAGUGUGGGGUGCCUACGGCAGCGGGGAGCUGCUGCACGGCCGGGUGCAGCUGGAACUGCGUGGUGCACUACGGCUGUGGGCACUGGAAGUGUAUGCUCGUGGGCGCGCCACCGCACACUGGGUGGAGAGCCGCAGCGUGGGGCUCAACACCGUCUACCGUGACUACACAGCCUACCAGACCUUCCUGCAUCGCCGCUGCCAGCUCGUCCACGACAAUGGCGAGGUCACCAUCCUGCCGGCAGGAAGGCACGAGUUCCCCUUCACCUUCCAGCUCCCCGAGACGCUGGCAACCUCCUUCGAGGGAAAGCACGGCAGCGUGCGCUACUGGGUGAAAGCCAAACUGCACAGACCCUGGUCCACAGUGAAGAAGGUGAAGAAGGAGUUCACCGUGAUUGAACCCAUCGACAUCAACACACCUGCACUGCUGGCUCCCCAGGCAGGUGCCAAGGAGAAACUUGCUCGUGCCUGGUACUGCAAUCGUGGCCAGGUUUCUGUGACUGCCAAGAUUGACCGAAAAGGCUACACCCCAGGUGAGGUCAUCCCUGUCUUUGCUGAGAUCGACAACAGCACCAGCCGAGCGGUGGUACCCAAGGCAGCCAUCAUCCAGACUCAGACUUUCAUCGCUCGGGGCACCAAGAAGCAGAAAUCAUCAGUGGUGACCAGCAUCGUUGGCGACUCCAUUGCAGCGGGGAAGCGGGAAGUGUGGCACGGGCGAGCGCUGAAGAUCCCACCCGUUGGGCCGUCCAUCCUCCACUGCCGCAUCAUCCAGGUGGAAUACUCCCUGAAGGUCUGUGUGGAUAUUCCUGGGACAUCCAAGCUGUUCCUUGAACUGCCGCUUGUCAUUGGAACCAUCCCACUGCAUCCGUUCGGGAGCCGCACAUCCAGUGUCAGCAGCCAGUACAGCGUCAACCUCGACUGGCUGAGCACCAUCCCGGAGCAGCCGGAGGCUCCCCCUGAAUACUCGGCGGUUGUGUCCAGCCCAGAGGCUGAGCAGAGCCUGGCUCCGCCGUGCCGCAGCGAACUCGGGGGCGUCCUGGAAAGUCCCUUCUUUGCGUACAUCCAGGAGUUUCGCUACCGGCCACCUCCGCUGUAUUCAGAGAUCGAUCCAAACCCACCUUCAGACAACAUCCGUCCGCGCUGCAUGACCUGUUGAGAGAAGCGCAUCGGACGCGGUUGACAGCGUGACGAUCCCUUGGGAUGAAAGCUUGCACCCUUGCAGCAUUUCGGUCUGGAAAUGGGGACGCGGUGGCCGUGAGCCCAGAGCUCCUGCAGCGCCGAGACCCCGGCUCCACUCACUGCCCUCAAAUGCUUUUGUCGUGACUGUCCCACGGACCGACACCAAGAGCGGUGUUGUGGACUUGUGCAUGGUAGGAGAAGAUGUGAGACCCCAGUGGUGUGGAGCGACUCUGCGUGUGGUUGGGCAGAACGCGGAGAGUUAACUGUCCAGCAUUUUGGGGUUAAAACAGGGCACGUACAGCGUGAGCCAAGAUUGCUCUCUCCCCUUUGCCUGCAGUGCUCUGAAAAAGCACUGGAAAGCAGGAGCUUGGAGAUAUUUCUCAGGGUUCCUAAAGGUUCUUUUAGCGUCGCUUGGGUCUGAGUCCUGUGAUGCUGCAGGUGCAGCCCUUCUCCUGCAGGAGCUCACCGGGACUGGGGUGCCCUCUGGCCUUUUUCUGGCCUUUUUCUGGCCAGAUGAAGCAGAGACUGUGUCUGCUGCUGAUAAUCCUUGCCAUGAGCCGGUGAUGCCUGCAGGGGUUUGAGGUGGUCCACCAAAAACUAUAGAGGCUUCCAUGGGCUGUGACCAGGGCAGAGGACUCGGGGGAUGAGCUUGUGACCUGCAGCAGUGGUUUGGUGCCAUUCACCAUGAACAGGAAGGCUGGUUCCUGCCUCAGCACCAAACCUGCACAACGUGCUGGUGCCUCUCCCGUGAUGGGGCUGAAAACCAACCCCCGUGCUGCGAUACCACCCACGGGGGUGUUGGAGCUGCAGCUCCGGCAGCUCCCUGGGGGCCAAGGAAAAGGGAAGGAAGCCCAGUCUGAGACUGGUGGUGAUGCUGGUGGUGAUGUGGAGUUGAAAUGAGUCCUUCAGGGCCAGGAGUCCUGCUCAGGAUGGGCUCAAUCCUGCACCCAUAGAGGGGUCGGUGUCCCUGGUGUGGUGAGGAUGCAGCGGGAAUGUGCGCACCGGUGUGGGAACCAGUGAGCCGGGUGUCGUAACAAGCACUGCUUGAGCCUGCGUGCCAGGGACUGACCCCACUCGCUCUGGCAUGGCCUGAGUGGAGUUUGGGUGCUGGGGACCUUUGCAUUCCCUCACUGAGACUUCCCCGCGCGCAGCCGAAGCCGCGCGUGCCUUGGCCUCCGUGCUGGGGCGGCGCUCCGCUCGCUGGGGAUUGCUCAGAUGACUUUUUGUAGCUGUGAACACUUUUGUAAUGACCACUCUUGUCUCUGUUCUUUUUUUGUAUGACUCUUUGUUGGGGAAUUCUUCUUUGGAAUAAAUUCUUUAAACCUA